GGACGUUCGGUGCGGAACGGUUAUUUUUCUCUCGUCGUGGCGAAUCAAAUCCGCGAAUCUUCCACCCUCUCUGGCUGUGGGGCGUUUGGUGGUGUGUGGUGCAAGCAAGCCUGGAAGUGAAAGCUCAAAAUUCGGGUGUUUGGAUGGUUAAUUUGCGGGGUGUUUAAAUGAAACAAUAGUGAAUGAUUGUUGCAGUUUGAUGAUUGUUUUUGGAUUGAGGAAUUUGGCUCUUUUCUUUUCGACGGAUUAAAAGAUUGCCAUUUUUCCUCUGCUGCCAUGGUGCUUCAGUGCUUUCUCCAGGGCCUUCUGAGUUGGCCAAAAUAAAACAAAAUCAAAAUAAAAGUGUGGCUGGUGUGUGUUGCGAGUGUGAAAGGAGAAAGAUUAUUGUUGAAUAACACAAAAGAGGUGCAAAAAUUCGUCAUCGAUUCCAGCUACGAAGCCGAAGGAACUUCGCUCGCCAAGAUUUUUCCACGAGCUGGGGCACGUGAACGGUGGAGUUGCCGAAAUCGCCGUUGCUGUUGUCUGCUGGCACCCUGAAAUGAAAAGUGGAAAAUGAUUGCCGCUUCAACCGGGUCGAUUUAAAGUUAUUUUCCGAGCUGCUGACGCACGAGAUAUAGUUGAGUUGUGUUGAGUUGAAGAAGGUGGUUGCUGGAGCAGGUGAAGCAGCGCCCCAAAGUAAAUACAAAUAGUGUUCGGUGUGAAAGGGUUAGGUCGGUGGUCGCGGUGGAGUUUGUAGUAACAGGUGAAAAAAGAGUGUGUAGUGUUGAUGUGAUAGUGCGAAAGGUCGCAUCGUCAUCGUUAGCGCCGAGUGAAGCUCCCCGAUAACGAGCAACUUCAGCGCACUAGCAAGGGGUUGAGAGCACGUGAUGGAAGCGGCGAUCCGCUGCUGGCUGUUUCGUCAGAGUCUUGGAGAGUGUACCAGCAUCAGUGGCGUUCGUAGCGAUUAGUAGACACAGUACUUAACACACGGAAACCCGUAGCAGCUUUGCUUCUUAGAUCUCACCAACGGUAGCACCAGCCCCUACCCAACCCCCCUUACACAAUGCGAGAAGACCAGCAUCCGCCGCAACAGUACCGCUGAAAGACCGCCGCCCCGCGCAACAACCAGCACAACCUGCCCCACCAUGCUCGAGCGACGUCCCCUGUUUGGGGCGCUCAUCGGGCUCACGCUGGUCUUCACGAUCUGGCACAUGGCGGUCCAGGAGUCGGUGGUGGUCAGCAGCAACGGCGUAAACGGGCCGUACCCGGAACCGGUGGCGGUGGUCACGACGUGGGCCGAGCUGGCCGCCGGGAACCAGAGUUGGUUCUCGGCGCCGCCGGGUGGGAUGUUAUUAGUCAAUCCAGCAGAUUCGUUGCCAAAAGAUGAUUAUAGUAGUUUGAUAGAUUUGAAAGAUUUUAGAUUUACGAUCAACUUUAACAAUUGCAGUAGUAGUAGUAGUAGGAGUAGGAGUAAGCGCGAGGACGACGCCGACGAGUUAGGUGAUAGCCUUAAGAGUGAUGAUCGACGAUCACCGUUAGUUCUAGUGUUAGUACAUUCAGCACCAACCAAUUGGUACAAGCGCAAUACCAUUCGUGAUACCUGGGGCCGGUACGAUCCGCGAGCCAAGCUCGUCUUCCUGCUGGGGGCGGUCAACUCCAGCGUGCUGCAGCGUCGGAUCGAGAAGGAGAACCGGCUGUACGACGACAUCGUGCAGGGCAGCUUUCUGGACGCGUACCGGAACAUGACGUACAAGCACGUGAUGGCCCUCAAAUGGUUCACAUAUCACUGCCCCGAAGCCAAAUACAUCCUGAAGGCGGACGACGACGUGUUCGUCAACACGCCCGCGCUGUACAACGUCCUGUCCGGGCUGCAGACACCGCGGAGGCGCCUGCUGUUCUGCCAGGAGAUCUGGAACGCCCCCGUCAAGCGAACGCAUCGCUCCAAGUGGUUCGUCAGCAUCCCCGAGUACCGCAACAAGUACUACCCGAACCACUGUCCGGGCUACUCGAUUCUGUACAGCCCGGACGUGGCCUACCAGCUGUACCGCGAGGCGAUGCGACAGCCGUACUUCUGGAUCGACGACGUCCACAUCACGGGGACGAUCGCCCAGCGGAUCAACGUUACCAUUACGCCGACGGACACCAUGUUGCUCAACCGAACGCAGAAGGACGCCAUCGUGGAGGGCCGCGCCAACGCCACCGAUCAGCUGUUCUUCUUCACGACGCCCGACCUGCGCGAGGGCGAAAUCCGCAAACUGUGGCGGGCGGUCACGGCUGCGGGUGGCGGCGGCCGAUAGUAGAAUGACUCUUAUAGAGUGUGAGUGCGAGAGUGUGCGACGACGUGUUCAAGUGGUGCCGCUGUAAACGUAGGUUACUUCUUUAGCUUUGUAAGGAACGAUAUCGACUCGCUGUAUUUUUUGGACUUAACUUCUUCUUAAAUGGUUUGAAUUUUCGUAA